AAAAAAAACCGUCACAAAAGCAGAGGCCACGAAUGGCACCGAGAAGGACAUGUUUGUGGUAUACUCCAUGUUAUUUCUGCAAUGGAUGUAUAUUGUGAAUGGCCAGACGGUGCAGUCCGCCAUCAGGUGCUAUGGAACAGGGUGGGUCAUGGAUGAAUCCUGCCCGGCCAAUCACAAAAUAUUUCCAGUAGAGGUCCGGGUGGGAUCGCUGGCCUUGUCAACUGGAUGUCCCGACAACAUCGUCAAAGGGACCGACCUGACGAAGGAGUCGAACUGCUGUACCAGGACGGAUAGCGGGUGCAUCGACACUUACCGUAACACACAGAACGGCAGCGUGACCUACGUGUACCACGAGAACUGUAUGGGGAGGCAAUCGUGUAUAAGUUUCUCCGUGGUGCGGUCAACCACCACUGGCCCUGUGGUGUAUUGUGACCAGUCGCUGUACCACAGUACCACCACUGUUUUAGAAAUGAGGUACCAAUGCAUUGAAGAUGACCAGUUUUUCACGCCAGCAAACGUCGGCCCUUCUUCUAAGUUAGGACUUUAUAGUGUUCAUAUAACCUUACAAGACUACGCCGUGUCCGCUAUAUCUCAAUCGACUACAAACAUUGAAUGUUCUGUCGAGUCUUCGGAGUGUGAUGGUCGGAUAAAUAUCAUUGCAAAGGAUCUGAGGCUUUAUUCAUCGGGAGGCCAAUGUUUUCAGAAUAUAUCAAUCAAUGAAACCGAAAUCGGCGUGAUAAACACUUUCAACUGUGAUGAUAACACGAACUUCAUACAAAAUCUGAAUUUUUUCGAGAGCCAAACUAAUCAUAUAAUACUGACGUUCACAAAUUCGCACCAGCAACCCGGAGGGUACUUUUGGAUACAACUUGUUUCAGCAAACUCCACUCACACUCUUUCCGUGAAUUGUCCGCCAGUGGAAGAAGACCCGCGGUGUAACCCGACAACUGAACCCCCCACCACUACCGCGGAGAUCACCAGCACCACCGCGAAAAACACUGCGGCUAACAAUGGCACUAUUCAGAAACCAGAACAGCCUAGUUCUAAUGAUAAUUCUGAGGUUAUUGCUGCUGUUGUAUCCAUCGUCGUCGCUGCCAUAAUCGUUGCUCUGGUUAUAAUAAUUUACAAGUUCAUUUACAAGAAAAAGUGCAAAAAGGAAGGAUAUGACGAUGAACAACGGACAUCGGAGAAUCUGUCGCAAACAACAGUAUCUGGUGUACAUUUUAAUAGGCACUCUGUGCAGGGCAAUCCUGCUUUAACUAAUAGGUAUACAGGUAACGGACAGGUGCCUCCACGUGGUCAUCAAUCGGCAAGUCCUCCUUCUAAACACAUAAACGUAUCUAGCACAGGUACUACAAAGAGGGCAUUGAAGGAAACACCUUUACCUGAUAUACCUUCCUCUAAAACUCAAAACGCACGUUCUUUAGUUGACGAAGCCGACAAUAGACAGACAGAGUUAGGACGUUCUCUUGAUAAAACCAUGGAAACAAGGAACGAACAAAUCCCUUGGAAUAUGCCUUAUACUAGACCAAGAAGUUUUGAACAAAACGAUGAAACAAUGAGAGGACAUUCGAGUAGGCAAGGGCAACUCCCUCCUAUUGAAAAUAAAGAGCCUACAGACCAAAGCAACGAAACAACACAGAUCAAAAAGAAAAGGAGGAAGAAGAAACAUAAAAAUAGAGUUAGUGCUACCGAAAUCGAUCCACAAAAUGAUACAACUGAAAAUCAGAGUAGGACAGAUAUGGAAAAUCAAGACGAGAUUAUAAAUGAAAUUGAAGAUCAGGACUUUACCUCAACGCAUGAGCGUGGAAACGCUGAAAAUGAGAGUGAUGCAACGAAGAAAAAGAAAAAGAAGAAAAAAAAGAAAAAGUCAAAAAACGUAGAACUGGAUGAAGAUCCUUAUGAUAAAACAGAACCUGUGUAAAUAAUAUAAAACUUUGAUUGGGAAGUAUAAUAUAUGAUCGCGAUAGAAUCAAUUGCUAUACUUCGUACAUGAUUAAACUUGUUUGCACAACGAUGUAUAAAAUUACAUGUAGUAAACAAGAUGGUUUCUUUUUCAUGAAGAAUUUGCACCAAUAAAAUGUAAUAGCCUU